GCUUCUGGUGCCAUAGGGGUCAUUAAGGUCCUGUUGAUGAUGAAUCACGACCUCAUAGUACCCUCCCUUCUUUGGGGAGAGGUAAAUCCUCAGAUUAAUCUUAAUGAACUUGGGCUCAUAAUCCCUCGUCAGCCAAUAAAAUGGAAAAAAGAGGAAAAGAUGGCGUGUUGCAACUCUUUUGGGUUUGGGGGAACAAACGCCCAUGCAGUUUUUCAAACUCAUCAACUCCGUCAUCAUAAAGAUAAAAAUACAAGCAGACACGAGUCAAGCAUCAUAUGCUUCUCGGGGAAAAGUAUACAUUCGCUGAAACAAUCAAUGGAAAUGAUGAGCGAGGAGGAGGCUUUGGUGUUGAACGGCUCUUUCAAAAGCGUCUCUGAGGCUGAAGAGCACUUGAUAGACAUUUCCUACACGGGCACUGUAAGACGAGAUCACCAUCGCUUCAGAAAGGCAUUCAUUGUUGAAGACAUCCACGAUCUUAUCGACAAUGUUUCUCAGUGUCUUGCAGAUGGUGUAGUUACCAAAGCAGCAAGCGACCCUCAUAUCGUCUUUGUCUUUUGUGGUAUGGGGACAGCAUGGCCGGGUAUGUGCUUACAGAUGAUGGACGAGUUUCCUUCAUUUAGGGACGCCAUCCAAGAAAUUGAUGCUCUUUUGAAAAAAUUCACUAAAGGUCAAUGGUCACUGGUAGAACGCUUCAAGAACGAAGACUGCUCAAAGGACGACUUGUUGUCCCCUAUUGCUAUUUUUGCCUGCCAGGUGGCGCUGGUGGCUGUUUGGAAAAGUCUUGGUGUCAUUCCAGCCUGCGUACUCGGGCAAAGUGUCGGGGAAGUGGCUGCCGCUUAUGUUGCAGGCUGCAUAAGUCUUGAAUCUGCUGUAGCCAUCAUUUACUUCCGGUCACAAAUCUUAACACAAGUUUCCGGCGGAAAAAUGAUAGUUGUGAAGAACAUAAAUGUUGAAAAAGUUCGAGCAGCAUUAAAAGACUUCAAGAACGCAAACAUUUCUCUUGAAUACAGCCCCGUGUCUUGCGCAGUCAGCGCCGACCCAGCCACACUGACUAAAGUCCGCCAAAAGUUGUCCUCCAUUUCCGCCAGCGAUGGUUCACAGCUGCAAGUCAUCAGUCUCGAUGUCCCUGUAGCUUACCAUAGUCAGUUUGUGGAUCCAUGCAUAGCUCAACUUGCCAGGGCUCUAGAAAAGUUGCAGUCCUCGCCUCCUACAGUUCAGUACAUUUCUGCUGUCUCUGGAGAAGAGUUGACGGUCGCUCCUGAUCAGCGGUACUGGACCACUCACCUUCGGGAACCAGUCCUCUUCUCCAAGGCUGUCAAAACCGCCCGAAAGAAAAAUCCCGGGAAAACGGUGUUUCUCGAGAUUGGCCCUCGAGCAGUGCUAAAAGCACACAUACAUGAUAUCUUCCCAAAUGAAGAUGUACCAGUAGUAACAUCAAUGUCUAAGCAGCCAGAGAAGAAGGUGUUUUUACAGGCGACUGCAUCAUUAUACGAACUUGGUUCUGACAUCCAGUGGGAAGCCCUGUUCAAAACCUCGCACGAGAUAACAGAGUUACCAAGAUAUGUUUUCGACAAGAAAACUUCUUUGAGGAGGUCAGAGAUCCAGGCUAUGCUUCUAAGCGGCACACCAAUGGUGAACCACCAUCUCUUCCUGUAUCCCAUUACCGUUAAAACUCGAGAUUUGUUUAAGAUAGUGCUUUCCACUUUCACAACCAGCUUUGUAUACGAUCACAUUGUUGGUCACACGUUUGUCAUCCCUGGAGCAUUGUAUCUUGAAGCAGGAUUCGCAAUAGCUAAAUUGUUGAGCAAUGAUUUCGGCAACCAGGCAUUAAUUUCAGCUACAUUCAUGAGUCCAGUUUCAGCCGAUAAAGACGAUCUUAUUGAGCUUGAUAUCAAGAAAGCAGACAUUCCAAGUCUUUCAAAGGAAUCUUCUUUGCAAUUUGACAUCGUCAGAAAUGAUCGCCUUGUUGUAAAUAUAAAGGUAGAUCAUCUACCUCCAGCCACCUGUGCUCCAGACCAGAUAAGUCUCCUUCACAUCAAACAAAAGUGCAAGCAGCUUGUGGUAAAAGAUACAAUACAGACUGCUUUAAGAAAUUUAAAUUUCAAUUUUGGAGAAUCCUUUUCUCUACUUGACCACGCUUUCAAAGGCGAUCGUGAGUGUCUGGCUUGUAUCAAGCCCUCCCCAAAAGUAUGUCAAGAUUUCAUUAGUACAACUAUACACCCUGCGGUCCUCGAUGCCAUGAUGCAGUCUUCCGUGGUCUUAAUGGGAAACAGUGUUAAGGUCGAGCAGCAACAUUUACCUGAAGCCGUUAACAAAUUGAAGGUGUUCGGCAAGAUGGAGACUUGCAUGUAUGUCCAUACUCGAAUAGCCAGUGAAGAGAAUAAGCGGGUUCGCUACAGCUGUGUCCUCUACUCUGCAGACGGUCACACCCUGGCCAUACUGGACGAGUAUGUGGUGAACAAAAUAAAUGCUGAAUCAGACUGCAACCUUCCAAUGUUGAUGACCAUGAAAUGGGAUCCUGUGUCUGAUUCAUGGGAUCGGGACGUGGCUGUUGAAAAUGCGUUGAUCCUGGUGACCAGCUCAGACACUGACAUGCCUACAGAUAACAAAAUGAAGAUGAUAGGAAAAAGCCACCACACAAAGAGUGGACCGAAAUCAAGAGAGAGAUGUCGGUUGAUGAAAGGUACAGAAACCUAUUCAGCCUGCCUUGUUCUUUGCCACACUGGUAUAACCAAUGGCAUAACCUGUGAUGAACUUGGAACUUCUUUAAUGAAUACUUGUGGCAUCAUUCAAAGUGUGUUGAGCCUAGCAGUUGACAAGAAGCUGACUAUACCAGUAAUUGUCUGCACUUUCGGGGCAUGGCCAAGUCCUGAAGGGAGAUCAGAAGUAAUAGUACAUCCAGCUGCUUCCUCACUCUGGGGCUUGGUGCGCACAGUGCAUGCUGAGAAGGUUUACAGCAAUGUCUUCAUCGCUGACAUCCAGGUGCCAGUGAACCGGAUGACCUCACAGUUUUUUUCAUCCGUGGCAGGUUAUUUUUCUUCUGCAUAUGAACAUAGAGAAAACAGAGAAUACAUCAUAACAGAAAACAAAGUCUUUCUCAAUCAUAUUUCAGUGCUUGAUAAAGGUACAGGUGUUCCACUUUACAGAGAAGUUAACUUGGAUUUAAACUCUAAUGUUGUUAUAAUGUCUCAAGACAUAAAUGGAGUAGCUAGUCCUGUUGCAGUCAAAACUGAUAAGGUGUUCAGAGCUGAUGCAAGCCAAAUAGUGGUAAAGCCACACUUGUUCGCCCUUCCUUCACCUCACCUCCUUAAGAUGGGCAUGUCAUUAGAAGAAAGUACUGUUGGCCCAAACAAGCACCCUGUUUUUGCCGUGGAGUCAAUCUGGCAGUCAGCAGAGAAACCACAAAACCUCAUUGUUUCCUGCUGUCCAGUUCACGUAGCAACCACUGUGACUGUUCCAUCAGAGACUGCCAUUGAGACAUCAGCCAUUCCUGAUUACCAUCCUGGUGACUUGACAACACUAGUCCUUCUAUUUUCUUUGGCUGAUAAAAUCAAGGCUACUGACAUCACUAUCAUUGUACCAGACACAAACAAAAGUCUUGCAGAAAUCAUGGAAAUGAUACUCAAGUCCAGAGACUCAGUGGCAUCAGUACAGGUCAUGACCUCAGAAGACCUGCACACCACAAAGGUCAAGUCAACGGCGCUGGUGUCUUUAGUCCUCCUCGACGAUGUAAUCAUGGGGCUUCUUGCUAGACAAUGGGAGAAUGCAAAGUAUCUUGUCACCUGUAAAUAUUUGAUGACUACACCUGCUCAUUCUCACCUUGUUUGCCACUUUGCCAACGUUGAAUAUGAAGUCGUUGACACACAACACUUGUUCCAGCCAUUAAUCAUGAGAAAGAUUGUUCCAGAGGUAAAGCACUGGCUGAACAAUCAGGACAUCAAGAGCUUGUCAGAGAUGGCUGACUGUUUGCAGUCUUGUAGGAAGAUGGCCACUGAAUUAAGAAGUGAUGGUUUGUACCGUCUCUUAGAGUUCAAAGAAUUUAGUCUACAACAACUGUCUCUUAAAGUGGACGACAAAAAUUUGUUUGAUAAAAACUGUCUUUACAUUGUUGUAGCUGGUCUUACUGGACUUGGGUGGAUCUGUGUAAAGUACCUCGCAGAGAAUGGAGCAGGAAAUAUUGCAAUACUGCAAAGACGAUCCCCCAGCGAAGACCACAUUGCAAACAUUACUGCACUUUCUCAAACAUUUCACUGUAACAUCGAAGUCUUUCAAACAGAUAUCACCAAGUUUGCUCAAACACAAGAUGCUUUGACUUGCUUGCAGGAGAGAUUCCCUAAGGCCAGACUGAAAGGUAUUUUCUUUGGGGCGGCUGUUAUUGAUGGGUCAUUUCUUUUCAUGACUCGAGAAAAAUUUGAAAAGGCAUUGUCACCUAAAGUUAAGGGAAUAUGGAACCUCCAUGUGCUAACCAGAGAUAUGCCUCUUGACUUCUUUGUAAUGCACUCGUCCAUUGCUUCAGUACUGGGAAACCAAGGGCAGACAAACUACUGUGCCGGAAACGCCUUUUUGGAUGGGCUGGCCUACUUCCGCCGUAGCCUCGGUCUGGCUGCUCAGUCUUUGAGCUGGGGACCACUGAAUGUUGGACUACUGAGCGACAAGGAAAGUGUCAAACAGAAACUUGAGACCUCUGGUUACCUUCUAAUGUCUGUACAGGAAAUUCGAGACAGUUUGUCUCCCUUGCUGAUGCUGAACUGGCCUCACUGCUCUCCCGUGAAGCUAGACGAGAAGAGGUUUGCUAGGCGGCUAGCAGGGAACUCGGACCACUCGCUGCUCGCUCGUCUACAAAUGUCUGUGUCUUUAGAUGAACAGACAGGAGGGAACGAAGUCACCGUCGAUAUUCAUGCUGCGAAAUCACUGGAUCCAGAGCGAAGACAACAAACUUGCUCUUCAUACAUCACCAAUCUGGCCUGUAAGAUCCUGACCAUCGCGGAUCGCUCACUGGUUACCAUGGACACCAGCCUUGUAGACCUGGGUUUCGAUUCAAUUUCGUCGAGAAUGAUGAUCGAUCAGGUGUACAAAGACACAGGUGUGGAACUCACCUUACUCCCCUUCGUCACUGGAGAGGCGACAGUUCGCACGCUUGCUGAAAUUGUGAAUAAAAUGAUUGCAUGAUCUUCAAUAUUUCAUGAAGAUUUGAGAAACAAAUACUUAUUUCUUUAAAAGAAAAUGAAUGUUGAUUUAAUGAUGCUAAAAAUCUCGUUUAACUGGUAAAGUUAGAUCGAAACAUUUUUAAGAAAAAUAAUGCAGCAGGGAAAUAAAUAUUCAUCUAAUGUUACGACGGGUCUGGGUAAAAAGACAUUUUUGAUUAUUUUAAAUUAUGCUUCCACGAAAGAUAAGAGGAUAGCCUCGUUGUUAGGUCAGAGAGUCAUCCCCCCUUUUUUUUCAAGUGUGGGUUCUGUAAAGAAGUGAUCUGAAACUUCCUUAGUUUUUAUUUAUUUUUUAUUGUUAAGAUUUUUUGGCAAGUGGGAUGAGCCACAAUAGAUGUAAUAUCAAAGCCAUAAUAUUUGUUCAUUGAUUUGACAAUGAUCUUAUCAUUUUAUCUUUUCCAAUUUAUAACCAGUAUUUUCUAGUGUAAUGGCAUUGUGUUUGCGUCCCCAGUUUAUGUAAAUGCAUUAUGAUUGCUUUAAAUAACUACUUACCAUGAUUGAAAUUCAACUAAUGAAAAUGUAUUUCUUUAUCAGAUAUAUAUUUCGAUCUAUCAACCUACGAAGUUACAUUAAAAAAAAUCUGUAAUGUAAAAUAUUGAGAAUCAUUGGAGGAUAAACCCAAGGCCAUUUUUACAGUUUUUUUGAGAGAUGAAAGAGAAUGAAAGCUAAAAAUCUGCAUUUUUAAUACGAAAACAAUUUUUUAAAAUGUCUUUUGAACCUUUAGGGUAGUUUUUUUUUAUUGUGAAAAACUCUUGAGGGUUUAAUUGAUUAAUCCUAUUAUUUAUGGUGCUGAUUGCUGUAUAGCUUUCGUAUAAAAUUUUAUUCUGCAGUUCUCAUUUUACAUUACAAAUUUAUCAUUCACGUGCUAAAUAUACAUGAUUUUUGAUAUUGCAUAUACUUUUUACUUGCAUAAACUUUAUUAUUUAGUUGACAACAAUAGUUAAAUUAAAUAUAUAUGAACAGUAUAUGCAUGUUUUGAACGUUAAACAAAUGGAUUUAAUUGUUAAAUCACGUGGCGCUUAAACAAAUCAUGCUUUAGUUUGUGUGUCGAAUUUUUUUCAGUAUUAAAACUGAAUUGUCUUGUUAAAAAGAAAGCUUAACGUUUUGUUUACAAUCAACCCUAAUUACAUUGCAAUAUUAUUUAAAGCAUUGCAUACACUGUUCUUAAGCAGUAAAGUUUUAUUUUUAUACAUGUUGAAAAUAACUGAUCUUCAUUAUGUAACAUCUGACUCACUUGAAGAGAUUUCCAUUCCCUUUCAAAAUUUAUUAAAUCAUGUAUGA